AUGAGAGCUGGUUUCCGGCUUUUCUCGCCCCCAGCCUACUACCACCGUCCGCCGACCUCUCCUCUCCGGCGUCUCAGCACGCCGCGCAGCAACAACCCCUUCGCCGCGUCCAUCACCGCCGCCGCCCGCCCGCGAACCCUCACAAUGGUCGCCACCCCGGAGGAAAUCGAGGCCAUGGCGCCCCCCGGCUACUCCUUCCCGGAGCACCGCCUCCGCCUCCAGCAAUCCGAACCCGACCGCGAGCCCCUCGUCCUCGUCGCUCCCGGCUCCUACAGCCCCAUCACCUUCCUUCACCUGCGCAUGGCCGUCAUGGCCGCAGACUACGUCCGCUACAACACAAACUUUGAGCUCAUCGGGUCCUACCUCUCCCCCGUCUCCGACGCCUACAAGAAGCGCGGCCUCGCACCCGCCUGCCACCGCCGCCGCAUGUGCGAGAUCGCCGCCGAGCAGACCUCACGCUUCCUCAUGGUCGAUCCCUGGGAGGCCGAGCAAACGGCCUACGUGCCCACCGCCCUCGUCCUCGACCACUUUGAGCACGAGAUCAACGUCAAGCGCGGCGGCUGCAACGGUAAGCGCGUGCGUAUUGCCGUGCUUGCUGGCGCCGACCUGAUUAACACGAUGAGUCAGCCUGGCGUCUGGUCACCUUCUGAUUUGAGACAUAUCCUGGGUGACUUUGGUGCUUUCGUGCUCGAGAGGGCUGGUGUAAAUAUUGACGAGGCACUCGGUAAUCUUAAGGAGUACGAGGACCAGAUCUACUACAUUCCGCAAGUCGUUCCCAACGAUGUUUCGAGUACCAAGAUUCGAUUGUUGCUGAGGAGGAAUAUGAGCAUUGACUACCUCAUCCCUGCUGAAGUCAUCAAGUACAUCGACGAGCACGGCCUCUACAACGAAGACGACACAGCAACAAACGAGAAGGGAAAGGAGAAAGAGGUACAAUAA